CGCAGCCCCGGAGCCGCAGGAGAUCAUAGCUGCGCUCCGGAGUAAGGGACAGCGACGCCAUGAUGAGUGCCAAAGUGAACAUGGAGGCUCCACCCAAAGAACCUGACCGCACACCUUUGGACCCGUCCGCCUCCUUGUCCUCCAGCGAGGCCGUCCUUGUGUGUGGGAGUGAUGGUGUGGCCAAGAAGGCUCGUCCCCAAACCCACACCACCACAGCUUUCCUCCUCCCAGCUCCUGCUGCCGGCCAUCAGAAGCUGGAUGUGACUCCAGCCAUAUCCGUUGGAGACGCAGGUAAAGGAGGCCGGGCCAAUGAGACGACCACCCUGACAGCACAGGUGGGCGGGGCUUGUAGCAUCGUCCACGUCCUGGAGUGGAAGGAGGGGAUGGCCAUCCUGCCAAGCAGCAACCUCAAGUUCUGUGUGAGUGACGUAGGUACCCUGAGCACGCUGAUCAGCCCGGGGACGACCAGCAGCACCGAACCAGCAGCCGGGACUUCUGGGAGAUCUUGUGACGCAGAAACCGCUCCAUCAGAAAGGCCAGAUGUGUUGGCUCCUGUGGGCUCAGCGAGAGGAGCCGUGGAGCCGGAGAGGUUUGUGCCGGUGGUCAAACAUGAGGUCCAGGUGGGACUGGGACAUCAGAACCACGAUCCCCGAGCUCAGAGGAGCUACACCGAGGAGCUGCGCAGAGAGCCAAUCACUGACAAGAGGAGUUUCGGGGUGGAGAAGGUGCCAGCAGGCGGGAGGGUCUCCUCUCUUAACCCCGACCACCUGAAGCCCAUGAGGAAGAGGAAGAGGAAGGAGUACCUGAGUCCCUCUGAGGAAGACUCUGACAUCGAAGGCACGGAUGAGAAGACGGAUGAUUCUAAAGCAGACUGCAGGCUCAUCAGAGGAGCUGGAGACAGUAAGACAGAGCAGUGGACGUGGGCUCAGUAUCUGGAGGAGACCAAAUCUGUUGCGGCGCCCAACAACCUUUUCCAGGAGACACAGAGAGUGCCAACAGUGAAGAACGGUUUUAAGCAGGGGAUGAAGCUGGAGGGAAUCGACCCGCAGCAUCCGUCCAUGUACUUUGUUCUCACCGUGGCCGAGGUCUGUGGUUACCGGCUGCGGCUUCACUUUGACGGCUACUCCGACUGCCACGACUUCUGGGUGAACGCCAACUCCACCGACAUCCACCCCACAGGCUGGUGUGAGAGCACGGGACACAAACUGCACACUCCCAAAGGCUGUAAAGAGGAGGAGUUUACCUGGGCCAACUACCUGAGAAUGACUAAAGCACAAGUGGCGCCCAAAGAGCUGUUUGCCAGUCUUGGGAGGGUUGAUGUGAAGAGCAGUUUUGAGAUAGGAACGAAGCUGGAGGCAGUGGACCGUAUGAACCCCUCCCUCAUCUGCGUAGCCACCGUCACUGACGUGGUGGACGACCGCUUCCUGGUGCACUUUGACAACUGGGACGACACGUACGACUACUGGUGUGAUUCCAGCAGUCCAUACAUUCACCCGAUUGGUUGGUGCCAAGAGAGGGACCUCCCACUAACACCACCCCAAGGUACAGAUGUGAAUUUAUUUUCUGAUGCACCAGAUUACCCAGACCAGGCCCGGUUUAUCUGGUCUCAGUACCUGGAGGAGACUGGGUCCAAGGCGGUGGCUGCAGACGCCUUCAAAGUGCGUGCGGCCCACAGCUUCCAGACUCAGAUGAAACUGGAGGCCGUGGACAAGAGAAGCCCCGGUCUGAUCAGAGUGGCGUCAGUGAUGGAAGUGGAGAUUCAUCGCAUUAGGGUCCAUUAUGAUGGCUGGAGUCACGUCUAUGAUGAGUGGAUGGACUCAGAUCACCCCGACAUCCACCCAGCAGGCUGGUGUGAGGCGACCAAUCACCCGCUCAAAGUUCCCCCGCGGGACUCCAAAACACAGCAGCCGCACGGGAGCAGCCUGCACUUCAGUCCAAACUGUAUGAGGGAUCUUCCCCCCAUUACAGGCCAGUCCACCUACCCCUCCUCUGUUCCCUGUAAGCCCAUCAGCCACCCGAGAGCCAACAAGUACAGCUUCCACAACAGGUCAGCUGAUCUCAACUCUAUCACCAGGAAGUGUCCUACUCCUGGUUGUGAUGGUUCGGGCCAUGUGACGGGGCGUUUCACGGCCCAUCACUGCAUAUCCGGCUGCCCAUUGGCUGAGCGUAACCAAGGCAGGCUGAAGGCCGAGCUGUCAGACUCUGAGUGCAAGAGGACCCUCUUCCUCAGCCAGAGACCCAAGAAGACCCAUUACCGUGGCAGGAUUGGCCGUCCUCCCAAAUACAGGAAGAACCAGCAGAGAGACUACCACAGUUUGUCCUCAGACCUGUCCUCGGAGGGCGUGUACCCGUCCCUGUUCAUGUCCGCUCUGAGCGGUCAGACAGACAGGACUCUGUCUCUCUGCUGGGAGCAGCACUGUAAGCUGCUGCCCGGCGUUCAGGGCAUUCACGCCAGCCAGGUGGCAGCAUGGAGCGUGGAAGAGGUCUUCAUGUUUGUACAGAAUCUAAUCGGCUGUGAAGAACAGGCUUGUCUCUUCAAAGAAGAGAUGAUUGACGGCGAGGCCUUCCUGCUGCUAACCCAGACCGACAUUGUGAAGAUCAUGAGCAUCAAGCUAGGCCCCGCGCUCAAGAUCUCCAACGCCAUCCUCAUGUUCAAGAGCACAGACGAGGUACUCAAGUGAUCCCGCCCUCACCUGACCUGGGAUCAUCAUGUGCCAAAUUCAUUCUGUUACAGGGAAAAAAGACCCUGACCCCUUUUUUCAUGUGUUUGGUGUCCUGUACCCAUCAGAGAGAGGGGGGUGGGGGGUGAGGUGCGAUCAGGGUUAAAGAGGAAAUAAAGGAGAGAGGUUAGAAGAAGAAAAAAAAGGAAAAUCCAUUACAGUAAUAUUUGUACUUUUACUUCCUGAAUGAGAAUCACUCAUAUUGAUGCAGGCCUUAACACAGGCAGUGUUGGGAAGAUUACUUUUUACAUGUAAUAGGUUACAGAUUAUUUACCCUAAACAAAAAAAAGUAGUGUCUCUUUUAAACCCUUCAUCAGGUAAUGUAACUCAUUACAUUUGGUCACUUUUCUAACAGAUUAGUUGAUUAGUAACUGUUUGAUUCACAGUAACUAACAACUAUAGUUAUUGUAGUAUAAUAAAAUAAUGCUUGUUACAUGGAACUAGUAACUCCCCAACAUUGUCAGACACGUUAUGGAAAUAAAAAAGUACACAUGACAAUUUUUACAAGACAUACCGAGAUUCGGACUCAACUGGAUUUACAACAUUGGUUAACUAAAAGGGAAAAGAGAAGACUGUGGAUGUGGGGGGAGGGGGGGGGGGGGGG